AGAAAAAAAAGCCAUAUCAUGAGCACCAAGCGACCAUCUCGAGAUAAAAAGGCAAAAAAACAAGAGCAUAGUGAGGAUAUCUCGAGGUUCUUACGGCGUGGACAAACUGAGACCAUUGAUGUCGAUGAAGACCCGUUUGAAUUUCAAGAUGAAGAAGGCACAAACCAAACAAGAUGGCUUCGGUCUGGAAAAGACAUCCCAAGGGGAACAAACAACAAUUUCCAAGGUUUAGCAGAGGAAAAUAUGAGUGAAGAGGAGCAAAUUCAGAAAGCAAUUGAAGAGAGUAUGCUCCAGAAAGAACUCGACCAAGAGCGCUUUGCCAUGUGUGGCAACCUAAGUGAUGUAGAAUUGACUUGUAGCAGUAGAGCCGAUAGACAAGACAUCCAAGGCUCACAACCAGAAAUAAAAGCAGAAAUAUUUGAAAUCAUCCAAAGUGUUGAGGAAGAACGAGCAGAUUCGCCAGAUUUAUUUGCAACUCCUGAGGAUGAUGUAGAAAUGGUUUCAGAUGCUAAGGCAGAUGAUCAGCCUCAAAGCCCUUCAAUAAUAAAACACGCUGCUGUAUCUGCUCCUACUGACUUCACAGAUGAUGUAACAGGCUUUGAAGCACUUAGAACGAGAUCCCUUCCAGCAGGAGCAGCAAUUAAGAAACCCCAGGACUUUGCCAGAGGGUCAAAGAACAGACUGAAACUUCAUCGCACCAAAGGAGGUUCUAGCUCAACUAUGACAACAACACUUACAUCAGUACCAGGUACUAUCAUAGAGCAUUUGAAGAGAAGACCACUGUGCUCUAAGACUGGUUCUACUGUGCUGCCUGCUGACGAUGACGACAUUACAGAUGAUGAAACAGGGCCUCCCAGUCCAGUAAUUCCAAUGGAAUCAGGUCGCAAGAAAAUCAUAAAAGGAAAAAACAGGAGUCAGAAGAUGGUCAUUGAUUGUGAUGAUGAAGAGUCUAGUGACAGCAGAAAACAGGGGAGGGACCAAGUUCUUGAUGAUUCAACUUCUAAAGCAAAAAAGGUGGCCAACAUUAUCCUAGCCCGCAAAUACAAGAAGGCAAUAGUUCCCAUACACAACAUCAAAGAUGCCAUCAGGGCAAGGUUGUGUCGUGCUCCGCCUGGCGUCGACCUCUUACAGUACACAAAAGUUAUCGUGGAAUUCCUGGACCAUACCAGAAGAAGGAUACUGGAGGCGCAGUCACGCUGCAAAUCUUACGUCAAGUGGGGAAAACCUGUCGUGGUAGGUCCUCGCAAAGGGGACACGCUGGAUGCAAGAACCGAGAGAAAGCGAGGGGCAAAUAGAGAGUGUCAUAUUUUGAAGAGGAUUGCAGAUGAACCUACAGACAAUACCUCAAGCAAGCGGAGUCGUAGACUGAUAAAUGCCCAGCGGAUGGAGCAAACAGAAGAAGAUGAUAAAGCUCCUUUAUCAUCGACAAAACCGGACUCAAUACCACCGAAGAAUUGUGUUGACGAAGGUGGCAGUGAUGAUGACCUUAUGAGGCCCGCGCUUACACAGGCGGGCGCUAAAUUCAUGGUAAAAACCGAACCUGGGAAUAAGGACACCGAUAUGGGCGAGGAGUUCCCGAAUUUUGACGUCGUCGGGCAGGAGCAGACCUUACCAAACUCCCUAGAAGUCGAGGAAGCGCAAAAUGUUGACCAUGACGAAAUAGAAUCGAGAGAAAAGGGUGCUGUGAGCAAAACGCACCAACUUAACAAGUCAAUAGAGACCCCGAAUCCAGUUAAAACAGAGGCCGGGAAAAAAGAUCAGACGGGCAAAAUGAGCCGGAGCCCAAGCGCUCCUGUGAGCAAAAGCCCUGAGCAGGGGGACUGUAGUGGGGAUAUCGGUAGGAGAAGUGUGCGGAAAAGAAAACAUCGCAUCAUUGAGGACGAUUUAAGUGAGGACGAGGAACAGGACGAGGUUAUAAUGGUCGAAGGACCAGCUGGGGAUAGUGGAAGAAAGUUGCAGAAAACAGCGGACAACAACCAACACGGUCACGAUAAUGGUGAUGAAGAGGAUUUUCUCAGAGAGGAACUGACAGGAGGGAAGAAAAAAGCAUCAGCUCCAGGCUCCAGUCUUAGGGCAGCAUCCAAGCACAGCGCACAUCUCCUUCACGAUUCCCCUACUUCACCUUCUCGUUCCUCCUCAUCCACGCCUGGUCUCCCGAAGUCUGAAGUUCCUUUAAAGCAACCAAGCUCCCCCUCUGCUCUGUCGUCAAGCAUAGGUCCCCCGGUUUCCGACGUCACCCUUGAUGGUUCUUCUAUUCCUUUACCUAAACCUAAACGUACUGAUGCGGCAUUAAAGGCCUCUAAAGCUGCUCUUCAGCCCUUUGGGUUAUCCCAGAGCGAAGGAUCCGACAGCCAGGAGGUCUGUGGAUUGAGUCCUACCAACACCAAAGCGCAGUCCCCAGGGCAAGGAAAUCCUUCAAUGGUGAUGGCCCAGGAACAGAGCUCGGCUAUGGUCAAUUGUCCAAUAUGUUUCCACGAUUUUCCUGCGGACACAAUACAGAACCAUGCGGCAACAUGUGAACCUGCAAGCAGCAGUACAGCGGUAUCGCCCGUGCCAGCCAGAAAUUGUGUUUCGUCGCCAGUGAAGGAUAAUAUGCGAGACCUGCGAGUUGUGGUGCAACGAUCUCCCCAAGCCGAGAGAAUGAAGAGACGCGCAAUCCCCACACGAAAUGCCAGACGAAAUAUAUCAUACGGCGACAGCCAAUCAAGCUCAGAGCCAGCGAGCCAAUCACAAAACAGAUCGAGCAGCCCUGUCAAUAUCCCGGAUGAUGGAGACCACGAAUCACAGCGCAGUUGGCUGGAUAAUUCAAGCCAGAAAAGGAACAAGUUCAGUAUAACUUAUGGAGGGAAGGGAAAGAAAGAAAGACCCAAUAAAGCUCUUCAAGGAGAGGAUUUCAUACCCCUGUCCGAGCUGAUGUCAGGUGAUGAAGAAGGCGAUAACGAAGAAGCCACCGGUACUUCUCAUGAACACUCAGGGAGCUUAGACUCUCGUCCCGCGACAGCCAGUUCCUCAGACUCCGAUCCUGAUGCUAAGAUGCUGGCCAAUUACGGUAUUCAGAUCUCACCCAGACGUAAAAACAAAAAAAUGCAUGCAAAGACAAAUACUGAAACGAGCCCAAAUCGGCACGCCGAGAAAAAUGUCGAAAAGGGCUCUAAAAGGUCCUGGGAAGACCAUUUGGGGGAUAAUGAUUUUGAAAACGAGUUAGCGCUGGGACUGAUAUCGGGUGCGUUAAGUAAAGAGAGCGCUAAGAAAGCAAAGAGAGCGCGGGCGACACGCGCAUUCCGGCCCUCUGACAGCAGUCCAGAUGACGACUCAGAGAGGUGCUUCCUAUGCGAUCAGAUGAUACCUGUUGAACAGUUCGCCCAGCACAGCGACAUGUGCUUAAGGAGGAAGGGAGCAUCGACUGUGACGCCGGGGAAAACAAAGCGUAAAGAAAUAGGACCAACAAGCAAAAGUUCCAGCACACUCGAAAGAAUGGACUAUGAAGGCAGAGUACAGCCUUGUAACGAAAGACCUCCCCCGCCUAGCGGUGACGUCAUAACCAUGAACCCUCGCGAGAUAAGCGAUUCCCCGAUCAAGACUUUCACCCUGAUUGGAGAGAACUCUGAGAGUAAUGUCGACUUUGAUAACCAGUUUUCCUUUUUCAACGCAAAGCGACCGUCGAAUGAUUGCGGUGGAAGGCACAGAGGCAGGGGAAAAUCUCGAGGGAAAAGGGGAUUUUGGAAGAGAGGGAGGGGGCGUGGAAGACGAUAGAAGCUCGAAAAAACCGCCACGCGUAAUGUCCAAAUUUUUGAAACUCAAGUGAGAAAUUUGGGAAAUAAUUAAAAAUGGAUUAAAAUGGAUUAAAAAGAUUAGAAUUUGCACUAUCUAAUGCGCUUCACAUGUGACUGACUUUACUCGUCAGUGUGUAGAUACGGACUGCUUCACGCAGUUUACAAUUAUGAGUAUGAGUGUGUCAGCAGUUUCACUGAAAAUGGUACCAACGGUUCAACCUCGUCAGAAGUAAUUUUUUCUUUCACCAAUACAGAUUAAUGCUAAGAAAGCCAGGUCACCUGGCUAUAAAAAGUAUUAACACCUGAAAAAAACCUGAUCCCUGUUCGAAACCUGGUCCUUUUGCUUAAAGGUGGUGUAACCCAGGAUAACAUGCAACAAAAACUUUUUGCUAUACAUUGUAUCGUAGAUAGUAUUUGACCGUGUAACAUAUCGCGCAACACAACUUUCCGCGAAUCAUUUUACUCGGCAACAUGUUGCGUGUUUUUGAACCCGCUUCAAAAACAUGCAACAAAGAAUGACGAAUAUCUGGAAAGGUAUUCCGUGUAACAUUUAUUUGCCAACACGUCAGAUUGGAUACGAUACAAUGUAUCGCGAAAAGUUUUUGUUAUAUGUUCCUUUGAACAAUCGUGCCAUUAAGCAUCACUUUUGUAUGGAGCUUGGUAUUAUUGCCAAGGCGCGCCUGUAUGCAUAAUUUUACCUUUACAAGUUUGAAAGUAAAUUGUGCUGUCCGUUUUUUCAAAUUAACCCAAUGAUUUGAAAUAGACAAAUUGUAGUGCACCCUGUUCGCACAGAUAUCAAUGAUCCAUUAGAUGUUAACAAUCUAAUGACUAACGCACGAGUAUA